AUGUUCGUCGUCCGGUACGUUCUCGUUCCAGUCAGCGGCGUUGCCGUGUUCGUCAUUGUGAGUCUCCUUCUCGUGGGGUACUACGUGCUCUACGUCGUGUUGUUGGUUGUCCCGAACGUGGCAGUGUCGUUUGCGAUUGCGUUUGUCAUUCCGUUCGUCAACCCCAAGGCGCCGUCCCCGAUCGAUUGGGAACACCAGUGGACGUUUUUCACGUUGAUGGCCAAGAUGGACUUUGCCGAAGCCGAGUUUUAUUUGACCAACAACGUCAAGUCGAAAGAGUUGGUGGCGGCCGUGAAGGCUCGACGCACCGCCAGAGGACCACGCGACAAAGCCAAGGCCGACCACGGGAUCGACAAGUGCCUGCACUCGAUGGUGACGACCCAAAUCACGACCGUUCAAGCCCUGAUUGCUGGAGGCAACGAUUUCAUCGAAACUCGCGACCAGGCGACAUUGAGUUCUGUGCUUGGCGCCACGAUCCUGUUCGUGUCGUACGUGGCGUACGUGAGCACGAAAGACUUUGUCUUGGGCGACAUUACGUCCAAGGUCCACGACGCACUCGCGAUCCUGUUGCCGUGGCUCUUGGUGGAAGAAAUCGGCGUCGGGCUCUCGUUUGUCCUGCUCCAGUUCAAACACCUGUCGUACAAGCUCAACUCGGUGCCGAGCGUGUUGAGUUGCACGAACGAACGACGGAAACGAGCCCACUCGAAGUCUAGCAUGUUUUCGAUGCCCCCCACCAUCAAGGCGUAUGCUACCUCCCCCGCAGUCCGACCUCCCACCCACCCAGAACGCCGCUCUCAUCGAUUCGGCUCGGCUGCAAAUGUGACGCGCGAUGUUCGACUCAACAAAGACGCGUUUCGGUAUCACGUCAACGUGCAGGGCUUGAGCGUCGGGGUGGGAGCGACAAACCUGAUGGACGUGGCGACGUCCAUCACGUCGCUGUGGACGCUUCUGUUCCUGGGCCAAGGGUACAUUGUCGACACAGUCACGUCGAUGAAUACACACGACCAAGUGUGGGUGACCAGAGUGUACUGGUACUGCGUGGUCGCGUCGGGUCUCGUCAUUGCGUUCUGCUACACGCCAUUCUUCUUCCGUCCGACUGCCGAGCAAAGGGAAGAAUUCGAGUCCGUGUCGGCAAGCUGUGAAGCGUCAUUGACGCUCGAACGCUUGUGCAAGGUUCAAAACCACCUCCUCGACGUUGUGCACACCAACACCCAAGACGAGAGCUGCUCGAACGACGUGGCAGAUGGCGCUACCGACGCCCUCGCGUCCCAAUCUUGGCACGAAAUCACCCGCCGGUUGCGCGAACUGGCCCUGAUCAACAUGGACACGGUCGACAUUGUGUCGUUCGCGUUGUACGUGGUGGCACUGAGCACGUACGAUUUUGAAGCGGGCACUGUCCGCGAUAUUCCCGUGAAUGAAGACUCGCCCUGGGGAAAUGCUGGCCACAGCAGCGACAAUGCACGAUUGAAAACGGUCGACGUGUUAAUUGACGACCUGGCCACGCAACAGGUCAAAACGUCUGUCCCGCACACGAACCUGGCCGCCAUGGAUUUCGCCGGGCCGAUUUGGUCUUCGUAUUUGGACUCUCCGAUGGAGCACAUGCCCCCCGUCGACGGCAACGUGCCCGUCACGAAUGAUGUGUUUCCGUCCAUCUUGCUGCGCAUUCCGAACGAGCGAUGGCGGCAUGGCCACGGCCACAUUAGUUUGAGCGACAUACCCGUCAUGGGCAUGAGCUCGCUCGGCGCGGUGCUCGCCGAACGGAAACGGACCCACAUGAAAGAUAUUUACGACAACCCGCUCGUUCAAGAAAAACGCAUUUACGUAGCUCCAAGGCAAGGCGACUUGAUGUGCAUCGGCCUCGAAAUCAAGAUCAUGGCGCAUUACGUCGUCAGCAUCUACCUCGUGGCGAGCCAUGGCGUCACCUUUGGUCGUGGCCCCGUGUACGUUGCUUUCGGAGAGCUCCAGUGUGAUGUUGCGCUCGUUCUGACCGACGGGGUAGCACCCAACCUUCCGCUAGCUACGACGUUCUAUGAAGUAGCGCGGGCGGACCGCAUGCGGGCAUUCCAUGACUGUGUCCUGGACAUUCCGUCUCCGUCGACUUCGUAUGCUCACACUGGUGAGGAAUAGGGCGUUCGAGGGAGCUACGGGGCAAUGGUUGGCCAAAGUAAUCUCUUUACCGACGAAAUCCAUCGGAUCGCAUGCCUGCUCGCCAGUGUACUUUCAAGUAGUACGUAUUGUACGUGGAAGAUCCUUUGUUUUGAGCAACAUCUCAACAUGCUUGGGCCAUUCCUGGCUUCCUGUGCGAA